CCAUCUCCCUCACUCCCAUCACCCACUUCCUCUGCUCUCCCUUCCCUUCGCCCCCCACACCAAGAUCGCCGAUCGUCCGCGCUCGCUCGCCGGAGAGAACUCGAAUCGAUCGGACCAGCUCUCUUCUUCUUCUUCUUCUUCUUCUUCUUCUUUUACUUCUCGCGAGGAUCAGCGAUGCAGACUCUGUCGGCGCAGCCCCUCGCCUCCUCCUCUUCGAUACAGCGCCACCAUGGGCGCCGACGCGGCCCCGGCUCCGUCCGGUUCGCUCCCCGCGCGGCCGCCGCGGCUGCCGCCACGUCCACCAGCACGGCCCGCUCGCCGGCGUACGUCUCGUCGCCGUCCACGAGGAAGGUGCCCGGGUACGAGCAGUCGUCGCCGCCUGCCAUUGCCUCGCCGCAGAAGCAGGGGAGCAGCGGCGGCGAGGGCGAGCAGAGCCUCAACUUCUUCCAGCGCGCGGCGGCCGCGGCGCUCGACGCGUUCGAGGAGGGGUUCAUCAACAAUGUCCUGGAGCGGCCCCACGCGCUGCCGCGCACGGCCGACCCGGCCGUGCAGAUCGCCGGCAACUUCGCCCCCGUCGGCGAGCAGCCCCCCGUGCGCGCCCUCACGGUCUCCGGCCGCAUCCCGCCCUUCAUCAACGGCGUCUACGCCCGCAACGGCGCCAACCCCUGCUUCGAGCCCACGGCCGGCCACCACCUCUUCGACGGCGACGGCAUGGUCCACGCCAUCCGCAUCCGAAACGGCGCCGCCGAGUCCUACGCCUGCCGCUUCACCGAGACCGCCCGCCUCUCCCAGGAGCGCGCCGCGGGGAGGCCCGUCUUCCCUAAGACCAUCGGCGAGCUCCACGGCCACUCUGGCAUCGCGAGGCUGGCCCUCUUCUACGCGCGCGGCGCCUGCGGCCUCGUCGACCCGUCCCACGGCACUGGUGUUGCCAACGCCGGCCUCGUCUACUUCAACGGCCGCCUCCUCGCCAUGUCCGAGGACGACCUCCCGUACCAGGUCCGCGUCACCGCCGGUGGCGACCUCGAGACCGUCGGCCGCUACGACUUCGACGGCCAGCUCGACUGCGCCAUGAUCGCGCACCCCAAGCUCGACCCUGUCUCCGGCGAGCUCUUCGCGCUCAGCUACGAUGUCAUCAAGAAGCCGUACCUCAAGUACUUCUACUUCCACGCCGACGGCACCAAGUCCGCCGACGUCGAGAUCGAGCUCGACCAGCCCACCAUGAUCCACGACUUCGCCAUCACCGAGAACUUCGUCGUCGUGCCCGACCACCAGAUGGUGUUCAAGCUCGCCGAGAUGUUCCGCGGCGGCUCGCCGGUGAUGCUCGACAAGGAGAAGACCUCCCGCUUCGGCGUCCUCCCAAAGUACGCCAAGGACUCGUCGGAGAUGAUGUGGGUGGACGUGCCGGACUGCUUCUGUUUCCACCUCUGGAACUCGUGGGAGGAGCCGGAGACGGACGAGGUGGUGGUGAUCGGCUCCUGCAUGACCCCCGCAGACUCCAUCUUCAACGACACGGACGACCACCUCGAGAGCGUGCUCACCGAGAUCCGGCUCAACACGCGCACCGGCGAGUCCACGCGGCGGGCCAUCCUGCCGCUGGAGAGCCAGGUGAACCUCGAGGUCGGCAUGGUGAACCGCAACAUGCUGGGCCGGAAGACGAGGUACGCCUACCUGGCCGUGGCCGAGCCGUGGCCCAAGGUGUCCGGGUUCGCCAAGGUGGACCUGGUGACCGGCGAGCUGACCAAGUUCGAGUACGGCGAGGGCCGGUUCGGCGGCGAGCCGUGCUUCGUGCCCAUGGACGGCGAGCACGCGCGCCCCGGCGCCGAGGACGACGGCUACGUGCUCUCCUUCGUGCGCGACGAGGACGCCGGCACAUCCGAGCUCCUGGUCGUCAACGCCGCCGACAUGCGGCUCGAGGCCACCGUGCAGCUGCCGUCCCGGGUCCCCUAUGGCUUCCACGGCACAUUCAUCGGCGACGCCGACCUCGACGCCCAGCACUAAUCGAUUCCUUGGUUCUUUGACUACGCCUCAACAACGCCAUUGCUCCUCUCGCCCUCCAUCCCUCCCAUCUUCUCGGAUGAGAAGCAGAGGAAGCAGGGCAAGGAAAAUUUGGAGGGAAAAAAAGCUUUUCCAGAGGGAGCCACAGAGAGAGGUCCCCGGAAGAGGAAACAGUUAGCGGCGGUUACUCAUCACCACUCUCUUAAUCACUUGGUUUUUUGGUUGCUUCCUUUUUUACAUUCUCACUAAGUAUUUACUAGUGCAUGGUAGAAUCAUCAGGGUAGUAUAGUAAAUACUAGGGGGAAUUUAGAGAGGUAGGGAGAGAGCUUGAAGCUUUGGCACUGUGGCUGUACAGGGUGCUGAGAGCUCAGCUGGAUCCUGUUUUUCUAGAGAGAAGACAAGAGAGAGGAAUUGAACCACCCAGUUGUGCUGGAGCAACUGAGGUGCUGUUGGGGACUCAAUUCCUUUUCUCUGCUGUGUAUAUACACUCCUCAUGAUCACUGUGAUAUAGUAGCAGUAGUAGUAAUAAUAAAGCUUGACCAUCUUCAUCA